GAUUCCGGACAAUUGUGUAUACACAAAAGGUCCAAUUUAUCCAGAAUCCACCAGCAUGGCACCAAUUACUAAUUCUGAAAGUGAUUUUAAUGGUGGAUUAAUUAUUUUACGUCCUUCUAAACUAAAAUUCAAUGAAAUAUAUAACUAUAUUGAAAAUCACGAAGAUCCCGAUAAAUUUUUGUUUGCGGAACAGUAUAUUCUUAAUGAAAUCUUUAGGGGAAACUGGAUAGGGUUACCUUAUAUUUAUAACGCGUUGAAAACCUUGAGGAAGGUUCAUCCAUUGAUGUGGUCGGAUAAAGAUGUGAAAAAUGUUCAUUACGUAGUCGAUAAACCAUGGAAAGAAGAUAUCGUGAAGAUGAGGGCAAUGAAUUUAGAUGAAAGGGGAGAUUUUUGGAUUUUAUACAAUUGGUGGUGGAGG